AUGGCGCCCGAUGGCUCUGGCGACGCCCGGGGCGACUCCCCCGCCACGACGGCUCCGCCGACGCCGCCGGCCUCUCCCCCAUCCUUCCGGCGCCGCCUCCCUCGCCAUCCCACAACUGACCCUGCUCCCCCGUGUCCCGCCCCGAUUCCCCUCCCGCCGCCCCUCGCCUGCUGCUACUCGCCGCCGGCCCCAGCUCCCACGCGACCUCCCCUCCUCCCCCGCCAACCAUGCCCCGGGAAUGGGGGGACGACGUGGGCCACCCCAAGCGUCGCGCAGACGACCGCCCCGAACCUCCAUGCUCCUCCCCAGACAGUCUUCGGCGGGAGGCCGACCUCCGGCAGCAGCUCUCUUCCCGCCCGGCCCGGCGCUCCCCCGCCCGUGACGCUCACCGUCCCUCCCCUCGCGCUGACCGUCGUUCUCCCGAGCGUGACGGCCGACGCUACCGCUCACCGGGCCGACGGCAUCCCCCCGAGCAGACUCGCGGGACCGCCCCCGGUCACCGGCUGCGGACGCUUGGCGCUCAUCCUGGCGGCGGUCUCCCUCCCCGACUUGCCGUCGGGAUCGCUCCCCCUCCCCUCCCUGGCAGCAGCUAUCCGCCAACGCCACCAACGCCCCGGCCGCCCGCCGGUACCAACCAUCGCAACCAAGCCUCCUUUCCUCCCACCAAUGGGGACAAUGGCAACCGUGGGCGCCAGGGCGCCAAGAAGAAGAAGAAGGGACCUCCUCGCCCCCCGGCUUCCGCCACCACACCCAUUGCGGCGGUUCCCCCCAGCCACCGACACCGCCUCGGACGCCCCGUCGUGCUACAACUGCGGCCGCACCGGGCACUUCUAG